AUGAUGCCCCGGCAACCCUAUGCGCCGACACCGCAUAGCUAUAUCCCGAAUACCACAUUAUCGGCAACCAUCAAUCUCGAUGAGGAGGUGAAGCUAGCCGACACCCGCGCCGAGCGCGAUCUGCAAGACUCGCUCGCCGAGAUCUUCAGCAUCAUCGUAACCCUCGACGAGCUCGAGAAGGCUUUCCUGAAAGAUGCGAUCCCCGAGGCCGAUUACACCGAGAUUUGCGAGCGCUCCCUGAAGCAAUACAAGUCCAUUUUGGCAGACGAAACAGUAGCAAAGGCCUUUAGGGGCCUGGAGGAGUUCAAGGCGGAAUGGGAUCUCGAAGUCCCCCGCGCAACAGAGCGCAUCCGCGUCGGCAUGCCCUCGACGACCGUGACAGCCUCAUCAAGCGCCGCCCCGGCCCCCGCAGCCGCCGGCAACACGAGCGGCACGCUCAUCCUGGAAGCGACGCAGGAGUUCAUCACCUUCCUCGACGCCGUCAAGCUGGGCCUGCUCUCCAAGGACCAGCUGCACCCCUUGCUGUCCGACGUCAUCCAGUCCGUCAACAAGGUCACGGAUCGCGACUUUGACAACAGGGGCAAGAUUGUGCAGUGGCUCAUCACGUUGAAUCAGAUGAAGGCCACGGACGAGCUGAGCGAGCAGCAGGCCCGCGAGCUUGAGAUGGACAUCCAGCAGGCUUACCAGGGGUUCAAGAGCACUCUCACGUAA